AUGGCCUUCGUCUCUUGUACUGAUAUGGUAAAGCCUUGAGCUGGGUGCACGCAAGGCGCAAUAGCCUAGGCUACCCCAUACAUAUCAGGACUUGGGGUUAAAGAUAUCCAGCUCCCCCAGGAUUCGAAGCUUGUGAACUCCACAAUUGCAAAAUUUGCAUGUGCCCAAGAUGUCUGUCAAAGAGAUGAAGUCAGGGGCUACGCACAAUGAGUAUGCUGGGACAGCUGAUGCAGCCCUUGCACAGCUGGGCCAGAACAUUGUCGAAACAGAACGCGGACUGAGCGUGGUCGCCAAUGCGAGGAAGCAUUGGAGGGUUCUGUUGAUUUCAUGCGUGACUUUGACAUCCGCCGCUAUUUUCGGAUUCGAUGUUGUGGUUAACGGGGCAUCGAUCUCGAUGCCGGCAUUUCUGCUCUACUUUGGUGAUAAAGGUCCUAAAGGCUUGUACCUUCCAUCCGUCUGGUCGUCGUUGUGGACGGCUAUGUCCUCUUUGACGCAGGCGAUUGGCGCCAUCAUCUGCGGCUGGGUUAUUGAUAAGCUAGGGCGGAAGUGGCCAGCAUCUUUCUCGGCUGGGCUCACUUUAGCUGGCACAGCUGUGCAAUACACUGCUACUACUCGUCCUGGUCUAAUGGCUGGUAAGAUGGUCAGUGGAUUUGGCAUUGGGGCCGUCGUUGCCAUCGCAACCACAUACAUAGGGGAAAUCGCACCCCUCAGGCUUCGAGCACCUCUACAAACUGUCCUAGUCAUGUCCAUAAUCUUUAUCCAAGGUGCUGCUCUUGGCUGCAUCCGUGCGUACGUUCCCAACAUUCACGAGACCUCUUUCAGGCACGUUUUUGCAAUCCAGUGGGCAUUCGGAGGCAUUGCGGUGAUCUGUUGGGCUUUGGCACCCGAGUCUCCGGUCUAUCUUGCGAAACGCGGUAAAAUUGAAGCAGCACGGAAAGCCAUGACCCGUAUCUACGGACAGCAAAAUUCCCCGAAUGAGCGUUUGGAGUAUGUGAUCCGCACAUUGGAAGAGGAGAGGCAAAUUGAACAGGGUGGAACCUACCUUUCGUGUCUCAAGGGACAGGAAUUAAAACGGACACUGACAGUAGCCUUUCUCUAUUCCACUGCGAACAUUGGAGGUGCUGCCUUGCUUAAUCAGAAUAUCUACGUUCUGAUUAUCGCCGGUCUGGCUCCCAUUCAUGCCUUUGACAUUGGUAUUGGAGGCUUUGGCUUAGCAAUCUUGAUCAUGUGUUCAUCGGGAUUAUACCUCAAGAAAAUCAGCCGCAGGACGACCGUUUUUUUGGGUCUGAUUCUCAACCUCAUCAUAAUGGUCGUUAUAGGAGCUCUCUAUUAUGCGCAUGGUCAAGGCCCACUUUGGGCAAUCGCUGCCUUGAUGAACUUGCUCAUAUCACUUCAGACGGCUACACUUUCGGGCGCGGGUUGGCCUAUCGCUGCGGAGAUACCGUCCUAUCGCUUACGCGCGAAGACGCUUUCGAUCGGUAUCUUUGCACAGACCCUUUCGACUUGGAUUUUCCUCUUCACGACACCCUAUAUGUAUAAUGUGGACAGCGGAAAUCUCGGUACUCGUACAGGAUUUGUGUAUGCGGGGGCCACGGUCCUGAUGCUGGUCAUUGCUUGGAUCAUCGUUCCCGACACCACAGGCAUGACCACCGAGGAGAUUGACAACGCGUACGAAGCAAAACUUGCUCCACGUAAAUUUCAACAGUUCAAAUCGUCUACAAAUGUCCCCUCAUCACUUAAUCCCGAUAACUAGCUUUAGCGCAAAUAACGCACGUAUUGCUUUGGAAUCAAAAUUUAGCUAGUCUUGUCUUGAGAUGUAUCUGUUGGCCUUUGUUUCACUUUCGGAGGAGAUGAUUUCUGAUUCACAAGUAACAUGCAACAUUUGAAC